AUGAAUGAGUCAUUCCUCACCCCCGGCGCUUUCGGACGUUCUGGCUCUGUGAUGAGCGGACCACAUGGCAGCGAUGCGCUGUUUGUGCAAGACGAGGCUUCGGAUGGUGAGCGUCCAUCGAAGCCUCGUCUUGCCGAGCACGAUAUCAAGGGCGAAGUUGAGUUCGAGGUCGAGCAGCCUGCUCGCCAGGCCUUUGGUCUUUCUCCACCAUCUGACGAUGGUAACAAUAUCCAUCAAGACACGGAUAUCAUCGACCUUGAGGACGCUGCUGAGGAGAAAUACUGGCUGGAAGAGUUCAAACAGUGGCUCCCAAAAGUCGAAGUCGAGGCGCGACUUAAGGAGAAAUAUGCCCAAGCUUUCAAGCGUCAAGCAGGCAAAGCUAUGCCAAAUACCCAUAACAAGCAGAGAAUGGAGGAAAUCGUAAGCUGCGCAAGAGACAACGACACGACUAUCAGGUACAUCCUGUCGCGUGACAAGAAGGUCUGGUACUCAAAGCUGAAAGAAGCUGAGAAAGCACUUCAUCUGGAGCACGACGAGAUCCAGAAGUUUCGCGACCUCCAGAAGCGAGCAGAGUACAAGCACAUCCUGGAUGAGCACCUUAUCACCAGAACUAAGGCCAGGAUUCAAGUCGUCGAGAAGGACCUCGAGAUCCGCAAGAAAGUCGUCAAGGAGAUGACGAAAUGGGUCAAGGACGAGUAA